AUGAUGAUCACUCCGCCAGACGCGGCAGACGAGGCUCCGGUCUGCACACCAGUCGUGCCACGGAAGCGACUUAGGACGGUUGCAGGAACGCCCCAGAGUAUUGAUACUUUGAAGAAGCCCUUCAAGAUCACAUUGAGCGACGACAAGGAAAACACGCCAAUAAAACGACCGGCAUCAACACAGUCUGCGACGAGACUAUAUGGUAGCACCCCGCUAUCCGGCGAUCGACUUCAUAGGCCCUUCAAAUGCCCUGGUUCAGCGACGACUACUCGAGUAUCUGCUAAACCGGCAAGAAAGAGGAGGAAAGUAGAUUAUGGAGGAGCCGAUGGGGAACAAGAAGAUGGCGACAAACCGUGGACGAAUGAGGACCGACUGGCCCUCGCGAAUAGGGAUGCAAAUAAAUUCCCAACAUUCCAAGUCAAGGAUAAGGAGACCAUGUUCAGGAAGCGUUUUGCUGUUCCUUUGAUCAAUAAAGAUUCGACUGCAUACAACCCGAAUCGUCCACCUCCUACGCUUGGCUUGCGACAAGGCGCAAUUUUUGUUGCAAAAGCAUUGCACGAUCCGAGCGGGGAGUUCGCUAUAGUACUUUAUGACCCGACGAUUGAUGAAAAGCCAAAGGUUAUCGAGGAAGUGAAGAAGGUGGAAGAAGCAGACAUCCCAAAAAUCGAUGCGCCAUUGGUACAUAAAAGUCUGGCUGAGAUAUUGGGAAUCAAAAAGAAGGUGGAAGGCGAACGACCGAAAGUUCCUGUAGUUAUUGACCCAAGACUCGCGAAGGUUUUGCGACCUCAUCAAAUCGAGGGUGUCAAGUUCAUGUACAAAUGUGUUACGGGAAUGAUUGAAGAGAAGGCCAAUGGAUGCAUCAUGGCAGAUGAAAUGGGUCUUGGAAAAACUCUACAAUGUAUCACUCUAAUGUGGACUUUGUUGAAGCAAUCUCCAGAGGCAGGCAAAGGCACGAUCCAAAAAGCAAUCAUUGCUUGUCCUUCGAGUUUGGUUAGAAAUUGGGCGAAUGAAUUGGUAAAAUGGCUGGGUCCAGAUGCUAUUCAGCCUUUUGCAAUUGACGGUAAGGCGUCCAAAGAAGAACUCACUCAACAAUUACGGCAAUGGGCGAUUGCUACUGGUCGUUCUGUUACUCGGCCAGUUAUCAUUGUCUCUUACGAGACGUUGAGAUUGAAUGUUGGCGAGCUGAAGAACACCAAAAUUGGUCUCAUGUUAUGCGACGAGGGUCAUCGAUUGAAGAAUGGAGAGAGUCAGACAUUUACCGCGUUGAAUGACCUCAAUGUAACUCGAAGGGUAAUCUUGUCUGGCACCCCUAUUCAGAACGAUCUCUCAGAAUAUUUUGCACUCGUCAGCUUCGCGAAUCCUGGUCUACUUGGUACACGCCUGGAGUUUCGAAAGAAGUAUGAGCUUCCUAUCCUCAAGGGCCGAGAUGCAGGAGGUAGCGACAAAGACCGAGAAAAGGGCGACGAGCGUCUUCGCGAACUCCUCGAGGUUGUAAACAAAUUUAUUAUCCGCAGGACAAACGACAUCCUUUCGAAGUACUUGCCAGUCAAGUACGAACAUGUUGUAUUUUGCAAUCUUGCUCCCUUCCAACUCGACUUGUAUAAUCAUUUUAUCAGCAGUCCCGACAUCAAGGCUUUGCUUCGUGGCAAAGGAAGUCAACCUCUGAAAGCUAUUGGCAUGCUUAAAAAACUUUGCAAUCAUCCAGAUUUGCUAAAUCUGCCGGAAGAUUUACCAGGAUGUGAGAAAUAUUGGCCAGAGGACUAUGUUGCGAAAGAUGCUCGAGGCAGAGACAGAGAUAUUAAGCCCUGGUAUUCGGGAAAGAUGCAAGUCCUGGAUCGCAUGCUUGCUCGAAUUCGCCAGGACACGAAUGACAAGAUUGUUCUUAUUAGCAAUUACACUCAGACUCUCGACAUGUUUGAUAAGUUAUGUCGACACAGAGGAUACGGCAGUCUUCGCUUAGAUGGGACAAUGAACGUCACCAAGAGACAGAAACUAGUGGACAAGUUUAACGACCCUGAAGGCAGCGAAUUCGUCUUCCUCCUUAGUAGCAAAGCCGGAGGAUGUGGUCUCAAUCUGAUCGGAGCCAACCGCCUCGUCCUCUUCGACCCAGAUUGGAACCCAGCUGCGGAUCAACAAGCCCUGGCACGAGUAUGGAGAGAUGGACAGAAGAAAGACUGUUUUGUCUACCGCUUCAUUGCCACCGGCACGAUCGAGGAAAAGAUUUUCCAACGACAGUCCCAUAAGCAAUCUCUCUCAUCGUGUGUGGUGGACUCGGCGCAAGAUGUGGAACGACAUUUCACGCUCGAUAGUCUCCGAGAGUUAUUCCAGUACCAUGGUAAGACGACGAGUGACACACAUGAUACGUUCAAGUGCAAACGCUGCAAGCCCGACGGCAAGCAGUAUAUUAAAGCCCCCGCGAUGAUGUAUGGUGAUACGAGUACGUGGAACCACUUUGUCAAUGAGACGAUGAGCCCGAUUCAGGAUUUGUUGUUGAGGCAGGAGGUGGGUGAUAAGGAGGUGUCGGCCGUGUUCCAGUAUAUUUCGCAUUGA